GAAUUGAAGAUUAUAAGGCGUAAUUACCUACUAAUACAUACUUGGUCAUGGCUGAUUUCUGCAACGAAGAUGGAGUUUCAAGAUCCAUUUCAGAAACUCCCCCAACUCAUUACACUCUCAAGAUUCAGUCACUAUCUCUGCUAAAAAAGAAUAAUAUUGAGAAAUACACUUCCCCUUAUUUUGAAGCUGGCGGCUAUAAAUGGAAGUUGGUGUUUCAUCCAACAGGAAACAAAAACAAGAAUGCAGAAGGGAAGCACGUUUCUAUAUAUCUGAUGAUGGCGGAGGCAAGCUCACUUGUCCAUGCUGUUUUUCGCCUCUUUUUGCUUGAUCAGAACAAUGACAAUUACUUGGUCCUCCAAGGUCACUGCUCUUACAUCUCCUUAGUUUCUUUCUUUUUAAGUCCCUAACAAAGGAGAAAGAAU